AUGAAUGAUGGAUACCUGUUACUCCAGCUGGUUUCUCUCCAGAAGGCGUCAGGCUGCUGGGAGCUGGACGCCACACUGGCUGAUGUGUUUGGGAAGACGGAGGAUGAACUGACCAAUCAGAAACCAGCACAGGUGGAUGGGUCAGUAUGGGCCACUCUCCUGGCUCUGAUCUGGUUAUACAGGUGUAAAAUAGAGCAGCAGGUCGAGUGGCAGUUUGUGGCCAUGAAGGCAGCGUCAUGGAUCGGCUCCGAUGUCAGGUGACUGAAGAGACUCUGG